AUGAAGAAAUACGAACCCAUCUUUGAGCAUUUGAAUAGGAUGAUUAAAUGUUAUAUCUUGGAGCUUGCCAAGAUGGAUGUAGAAAUUGCUUCAAUUUUGAAAAGAAAACUCAUAUUGAAGCCUUUUGAUCAACCCCAAAACAUUGAAAAUAUAAGGGGAGGAUUGAUUGACAAAGAAUAUUGGAGCAUUGUUUACAAGAAGGAAGGUGAAGAGAUUAAGAACUGCAUGUUCUUUCUGAGGGAUAAGCACUUAUACCCUACAAGUGCUCUGAACUCAAUCUUGUCUAGGGCCAAAGCGAAUAAGACUAAUUGUGUUGUUGAUCUGAAGUGUGUUUUCGAUAUGAUACGUUGGUAUCUUUCUGUCAUGGCAUCCAUUCUGAAGAUUUUAUGCCAAAGAUUUUUGGAGAUCAGAAGCAAUAAAGACUACUUCAUUCCGAUUUAA